GAUCAGGAGCAGGAGUCUGAAUAGUUCAGCGGUUAAGGUUCAGUUCCAUAAUCACCAGUUAAAUUAACUGACUGGUUAUUCCAUUGAAUUUGACCCAUCGUAUUUGAGAUUAAGAAGAGUUAAUUAGAAUUAACCAAUCACUAUUGGGACAUAACCGGUAGUUAAAAUUAAACGGAUGUUUGUAGAACUUACUCUAAGAGCACCUGAAAAACAAAAAGGGGUUUGAUUCUCUAGUUCCUAUAAUAUCAGCACCACAUUUUAGUAUGUCAUCUAAGUUAAGAAUAACUAGUACAGUAAACUAGAUAGUGCGCAUGCUUAUAACAGUGAGUCGCCUAUAAAUUACGCAACUCUUCGACAGAAAACAAUAUGCGACUAAAAUUCCUGGCACUAUACUUUCUUCCUCGUGUAUAUAAAAAAAGGAUGAAAACCUUGGAGAUUAUUGGGUGUUUACUGGCCAUCAUAGUGGUUGGUCACGCUUACGAUUUCAAGCGUGCUGUACAAUUCAAAAAAUACCUUGACGAAUGCAGUAAAGAACUAAAGGAAAUACUCAUAUUUCACGACGUCAGUAACAAAUUGUUCCUGUGCACAUUGACGAAGGACGGCCGAAUUAUAUACUAUGGUCACAUCAUACCAGAUGAAAUGCGUAAAUUUAUAAUGGACGUCACCCCCGAUAAAGACAUAGCACAGGUUUCACAGAAUUUAUACGACAUUUGCUCCGCGAAUGCUGAAGCUCUGGAUUAUAUGACCAGGGCUAGAAUCACGUAUAUUAUUGAAUGUUCCUUACCGAUUGUAUCUAAUGCCUUCAUGAUACGAUGGAAUGAAUAAUUUCGCUUUAUACAAUAUACAAAAUCUCUCUUCAUUCUUCAUCGGAUAUUC